CCGACGCAUUCGCAGCUGCAAUGGCCAUCGACGGCCUCAUCAUCCUCGACAACGUCGGCCGUCCUAUUGUCCAGACGUCGUUCCAUUCGACGUCGCCGGCGUACCCUCUCAUCCACAUCGAUACCUACAACAAUGCUCUCGCGAAAGUCUCUCGACCAGACGACGUAGACCCUGUUCUGUACGUCUCCGGUAUCAAUGAUGAUAAGCCUAGUGCUUGCUGCCACGUCGGAUGUGGGGGACUGAGGAUUCUGGCUCCAAUCAGCGGCGAUGUGGACCCAUUGUUCGCGUUCGCGUACCUCAGGACCUUCAUAGACAUCCUCAGAGAGUACCUCGGCCAUGUCUCGGCCUCGACCCUCAGAGACAACUUCGACGUUGUCUAUCAACUCUUGGAAGAAACCCUUGACUCAGGCGGACAUCCUCUCACAACUUCACCAAAUGCUUUGCGUGAGAUCGUCAUCCCGCCGUCGCUGCUCAACAAGCUGCUCUCGGUCGCAGGAGCAAACAUAUCGUCCCUAUCUGCCGCUUCUUCCAAUCCUUUUGCUUCGCCGAUACCAUGGCGCAAAGCAAAUGUCCGGCAUAACAAUAACGAGAUUUAUUUUGACGUCGUCGAGGAGCUGAGAGCUGUUGUGAAUAGGUCGGGCGUCUCGUUGUCCAAUGAAGUGCUGGGAAAGAUCGACACCAACUCCAGGCUAUCAGGCACUCCAGACCUGCUCUUGACGUUCUCUAAUCCCAAGGUCCUUACCGACUGCUCAUUCCAUCCAUGUGUCCGGCUGCCUCGUUGGAGCAGAGACAAAGCAUUGUCUUUCGUUCCUCCAGACGGUCCCUUCAUCUUGAUGGAAUAUCGAUUCUCCCCUUCCUCGUCCAACUCUAGUUCCUUGGGCGUCAACCAGGUGCCGGUGCCCGUCAUGCUAAAACCCAGUGUGGUCAUUAAUGAGAACGGAGGAACAAUCGACUUGACUGCUAUCUCACGUCUAUCAACGAGGGCGAUCGAAGACUUUACAGUAGAGCUUUACCUAGGGCAAGGCGCAGGCGCACCCAACUUCAUGGUAUCUGGAGGCGGUUCCUGGGCCUUUGAUCCUCGGACUCUCGUCUUGCGCUGGGAGAUGGCCAACCUGCCACCAUCUUCUAGUCAUAGCCUCAGAGGUUCGUGGACAUCAAGCAUACCAAAUCCUCGAGCUGCACGUGCAUUCAGAGUAAGAUUCGCUAUACAGCAGCACACCUUCUCUGCGCUGAAGAUCGACCAAUUGCGGCUCACGGGCGAGGCCUAUAAGCCGUACAAGGGCGUGCGGGGAAGGUCUCUGGUGGACUUGGAGUGGAGAUGGUAGGGACUUACGAGCCUCUUACUGUCGAUAGGUGUAUUAGAUACGAUGUACUGCUCUUCGCUUCGAGCUGUGAUUUG